CUGCCUUUGGUCUGUUUUUAAAAGACACCCAACAAAAAACAUAACAAAAAAAAAUAUAAAAAAAAUAGACAAGGGAUCGUUCACCGGAAAAACCUUCGGACAAGCACAAACAUUGGAAACCCUAAUCCCAAUUCGAUGGGAACGGUGCUUGGGAACUAGGGUUUUAGGUUUUGGAUCUUUGAAGAAGCACUUUAAUGAUGUGGGCUUUGCUUCAAAGUUUCAAGGUUUUGGAUUUGGUGAAGAUAAAUAAUUUUUGACCGAGUGAAAACAAUGGCAUCGAAUGAAAUGUACAGUAGAAUUGAUACCUUAGACCUCAAGUCUUUGAUUCUUAAAAAGAUUGGACAUCAAAGAGCCGAUAAAUACUUUGAUGAGCUUACACGAUUGUUUAGUUUGAAGAUUACCAAAUGUGAAUUUGAUAAGCUUUGUAUUAGGAUAAUUGGUAGAGAAAAUAUCCCUCUUCACAACCGCCUUAUUAGAUCUAUUCUCAAGAAUGCUUGCCUUGGAAAAGUUCCACCACCCAAAGGUGUAAGAAAAGCAGGAAGCAACCUUACUGUCAAAACCACAAAUGGACAUCAGAGAAAUUAUCUGCAGUCACUUUACAGGGAUGCCUUUCCCUCUUCCCCUCGCAAGGGAAGAUCCCCUGUUAAUCGAGAACGCAAGUUUAGGGACCGCCCAAGUUUUCUGGGCCCACUUGGUAAGCCCCAAAGCAUGGCAUGUGAGGAAUUGAAUUCAAGGGCCCAAGAGCAGCAAAGCGCAACAGAAUUGCAUUCACUUGGUAGCAGACCUCCAAUUGAAGUUGCUUCUGUGGAAGAGGGAGAAGAGGUUGAGCAGAUGGCAGUAAGCCCUGGUGUUCAAAGUAGAAGUCCGGUUACUGCUCCUUUUGGUAUUUCGCUGAAUCCGGGUGGAUCUCGUAAAGCUCUUUCAAAUAUUUCUAUAGGGAGCAAUUACAUUCCUGAGACCUGUCUAAACAGUGGAGAGCUGCCAGACACUAGAUCAUUAAGAAGUCGUUUGGAGCGUAUGUUGGAGAUGGAGGGCAUUGGUGUCUCUUUGGACUGUGUUAACGUGCUAAAUAUAGGGUUGGAUGCGUAUUUGAAGAGGUUGAUCGAGCCUUGUAUGGCUCUAGCUGGCGCAAGGUGCGAUAGUGAACAGUUGAAAAGGGCAAAUGGUCAGUUCAUUCCUUGUCUGAAGGAAACAUUACCUGGGAGAUAUGUAAAGAGACAGACAGAAUCAGUUAAUGCAUCUAUGUUGGAUUUUCGUGUUGCAAUGGAGUCAAAUCCACAAAUACUUGGGGAGGACUGGCCUUUGCAACUUGAAAAAAUCUCCUUGUGUGGUUUUGAAGAGUGAUUAAUACAUUUUCACCAUUGCAUUAGAAGUUACGCGGUUGAUGAAAUGGGAUGUCAGUUGAUAGCCACAUGCAUUGACGAUUCAGUUUUUUGAAUCGAUCAUAUACUCCAAUUUUCUCUCUACUUGCGUGGAGUUUCACAGGCAGUCCCAAAGGGAAUAAUAACCUGUAGAAGAUGUGGUAAUCCUAGGUCAGCUUGACCUGGUUGCCUUUAAAUGUCAGCCGUCAUAACUGUUGCAGGAAACAUGUUUAUAUAGUAUAAUGUAAUACUAGAUACAGGUUAGAACUAGGUAUUUUAGGAAAUUUACACAAUUGAUCAACCAAUCUCUUGUUUUUUGCCUCCCUGUAGUGUACUGGGUUUUCAAUGAAAUAAAGCUUCCUUGAUUUAGAAUGCU